UCAGAGCUAAGAUAUGUGUAGUUCUUAAUCAAUUCGAAAUGCAUAGCAUUUUUCGGUUAUAUUGUAUAUUGAGUGAACAUAUUUCAGACAAUAUGAGAAGACACGUCGAUCUCCUUUAAUAUUUCUUCGAAAUUGCGCACACGAAUAAGAUUACAUAACUAACACUUAUUUUCUCAGCAAGCACACAAAAUGAUUGCGAUAAUUUGAGAUAACCGUGGUGUACGUAUGAAAUACAUUAUUAUUGUAUUUAUUUAGGGCCUUGAUCAAUCAAAGUGCAAAUUUUUCUAUGAAAUCAUCACUGUAUCUUUUAUCUUGAAUAAUUUUAUUACCAUCCAAGUAUCCCUUUCCUUAGAAUGAUCAGUCGAAGAACUGAUAUAAAGAACAGCUAAUAAUGGCAUUACAGUGAGUGUUUUUGUUUAGUUAAUAAUGUUUAUUUUAAAUAGUCCAUAUAGACUUAUUUUGUUGGGUUGGCCUCACGAGCUUUAUGCCUCAAGAAAAUAAUUUCCGUCAUAAGAACGAACAUUCACUGGAUAAAAAUGUCUUGCUGUUGAUUACGAUUCUUAUGCAGCGAACUGAUGUACGAUAACGAUAGCUCGAAUUAUUCGUCUUGAGACUGCGUUCAAUUUGGUGUUGAAUCACUUAAUCAUCAACGCUUUCUUCUCGUGGCCCGCGCUUCACUCAGCCAUGGCUAACUCCUGCAGAGUUGAACGUGAGCCUGGGUGGAGCGUUGGCGGUGGUGGUUUUGGGUGCUGUGGCGGUGGUGGUGGUGCUCGUCAAAUGCGUGUCUGCUCAGAGCACUAAGAUGGGCCAGCGUUCAUGGGACGCUAAGCAUCAUCAUACAGAAUCGCAGCAACAGCAGCUGCAUCAUCAAGAAACGCAGACGCAACAACAUCAUAAUCAUCAGGAACAUCAACAACAAACACAACAGGAACUGCAACAUCAGCAAGCACAGCAACAGCAUCAUAUAGAAUCGCAGCAACAAGAACAACAGCUCAUUUAUUCCGAGCACUUCGAUUUCGUUCCGCGGCCCCAAAGCGUGAAUGAUUUGCAUUCUCAGAAUUUUCCUACCUGUGCUCGCCGGAAGAUUAGAUUCUGCCCAAGGAAAAAGACUCGAGAUAUUGAGUUUCACAACCUCAAGCUCAACGAAUCGGAAAAGAGCACUCGACGUCUUAGGAGACUUGAAAAUUUUACACUUUCGAAACCCGGUUUGGACCUUACUCUCAGGAACAAAUUUUCGUUUGUUCGUAUCAACCAGCCUGAAAGUUUUGUAUUCUGGAGACCCCGUUCUUCUUACAGUGGCUCCAAACAUAAUCCUCAAAAACAGUCUUUUCAUCACAAGACCUCAUAUUUUGCUAGUAGAAAUUUGAAGCCUUGCAAUAAGCGAUCUAGUAGAAGCCUUCCUCUUCUUGAAUUGGCACCCUUGCUGGAGGGAAGCAGUGCUGCGAAGUCCACUCAUCAAGUCGAAGGAAAUUGUUGUGAGUCGCAUCGUUGUUCUAGUUGUUCUACGUACUAUUUGCAAGAUUUUGAAGUGUUUGGCAAUCAGUUUAUGAACAGCAUUGUAUGCCACAACGCUCUUUCUGUGUUUACGAACAAUCAAAUCGUUCAAGAGUCAUAUCUUCCUCGUGCCUCCUGGAGGGAGAACUGCUUUUCUCGUCGGCGUUCGUUGCACAAGGUGGUGUACGCCGCAGACUGCGUGAACGCUUGCCGUGGCCCAGGGAUGGCAAGUCGUUCCUUGCAGAGCCUCCCUAGCACCACCACCAUCACCACUACCAUUGCCACCACCACCAUUACCACCUGCGCCACUACCAGAGGAUCGGCGUGUGUGGCGACUAGCAGUCAUCAUCAUCAUCAUCACCAUCAUCAUCGCAACCAGCAUCAUCCUCAAGUACAGUCGCAACCACAACAGCCUCAACCGCACCGGCAGCAUCAAUACCACCAUCAAGCCGUCAGACAACAAGACCGUUACGUUGAAAAUUAUAAUCAACUUCAUCAGCCUCACCACAUCCAGCCGUCCGACAGGAAGUUCUACUCAUGUCAAGAAGUGGAACGGUUGCAAGAACUGCAGCAGUCGAACCCUAUCCCUGAUUUCAACCAGCAGUACCCAACUAGGAUUGCGAGGCGAGACGGCGAAGAACUUCACAGCAUUUCUGCAUCCUCUAGACGUUAUCCGCAGGACUCGGAGGUGCAGAGACCGUACAUUAAGCCUGCGGCAAACAAGACGCUGGAUGACCUCAAGCCUAGCCAAGCUCAUCACAUUUCUUCUUCCAUUCCUUUCCAAGUGAGGGUUGCCUCACCGGACGCCGCAUCUGUGAUGUGCUAUUCACCUACAUCAUCUUCUUCACCACUGCUCUGUCCCGCACAUCCAAAUCAUCUUCAACAUUCUGGCAUGGCGCCCUCAGCUCCUGUCAUGCCUUCUGCGUCGCCUCCUUCAGGAGCGUCCGUACGACCUCGCUCUUGCAAGAACCGUGGCGCAUCGUCUUCCGAUCCCCGCUCCUCUGACACAAGAAACCCAAACUCUUCACCUCAACCUACGAUAAAAUCUAAAAAUCCAUUAAAUUUUUUGAAAUCUUCUCCAAAAAACAGAAAAGAAAAUAGCAUGAGAAAAAUAUCGCCACAAAAUAUUAAAAACAGUAAUUGUAGUUCAGGUAAUUGUAGUAGUAGCAGCUCGACUAGCAUUGCCAAUAAUUGUUGCAAUAGUAAUCUCAUUAAAUCUUUUGGAUCUAAAAUUGAUUCUAGGGAGAAAGGGUCGCUGUAUGUAGUUGGCGUUCCAGACAAUUCUCACUGCUAUUCCGCGUCUUUGCCUCUGCUUCCAUCUGCUGUCCAGAAUAAGAAUUCAUCUAUCCUAAUGAGUCAUUCGGUUACAAAUUCUGAAGGCUUGACUCCUCCUUUACCGUGUCCUUUGGGUCCUAGUUCAGUCGCUGACGUAACUUUGUUGUCGUGUCAUCCUUCUUCCUUGGGCCAGAGUACUGAAAUUUCAGCUCCAUCGAUCAUGUCUCCGCAGCAGGAAACAAUAAAUUACCAGCAGCAGCAUUAUCAGCGUCCUCAAUACCACCAAGCUGAAUAUCAACAAGAUUCCUCUGCUUCACAGACACCUGUGUCUCCUUACGAGUAUGAUCAACUUACUGAUGAUAAUCGCUUACAUUACCCACUAACGUCAUCUGUUCCAUCCUCAUCUUUAUCGCGGUCACCUUCUUCUCUCCAGUUCCAAGCAUUCGACGACGUGAGUUGUGGGCUGCCGACUGGUCAAGAAGACAUGAGCAGAAGAAGCACUAAUCAUGCAGAUUUGGAUGAAAGGAUAGGCACACAGGUUGAUUUAGGUGAGAGGCUGCAUUCUCCUUCUGAACUAGAUUGUCAACUACUACAUUCUCCUUCUGAUUUGGAAAAUAGAAUACAGUCCCCGGAAACUUUUAGCGACCGAAGUAACUCUCCAUUGUGUUUGACGGGUGGAUCGUUGGGUCCAUGCGCUGUCCCCAAAUGCAGUGCCAAAUCCCGCUCUACGCGAUCAGCUUCCACAGUUGAUUCGUUAUUCGAGAAUCGCAUUUCACGUAGUUUGCAGUCAGAUCGCCAGAGGACCGAAAUCUCAGGAGUAUCUUGCGGGACCAUCGUGAGAAUAUCUUCACCUCGAGAAAAUCGAACAAGUCGCCCUGCGAGUUUGGCCUCUGACGAGCUUUUUGGUGUUCCUUCCGAAGCACCCCCGUCCUACAGGGAAGUCCUUCUCCAUCCUGACCAUUUCAGAAUCCCUCUUCCAAACGAGUCAAUUUCAUCUUUUUCUGCAUCAGAUGGAGAAUGUUUAUCUUCACCGCCAGCUUCAGCGCCCUUAGUAGAGAAUGAGACACAUGGUGAGCUCGUCCGCCUGGGGCGAGGUGGAGAAGAAGAGCUGAGGGCGAAACUUCUUCCUGUACACGAUGGGGAUUUCCCUAGAGAAGAACAGAGGAGGAUCGCGCAGCCCACUAGCUCUAAUUCUUCAAUAGCUCCUCUUUAUGCGUCGUGCUUUGAAAAAGAGGUUAUAUGACCAUUAGGUUUCAUCAUUAGUCUUUCAAAACUUGUUGCUAUGUUUACUUGAACGCGGAUAAGUAUAGGUAUUAAAGAAAGCCUUACACGGUGUCGUAAUGAGUGUGAUUACGAAUAGGAAAGGAAAAUGAUAUAUUCAUAGUUGAUAAUAAUUAUUUAAGCACCAAUUAUAGUGUUCAUGAUUUUAAAACAAAAACUCUAAUCGAGAAUUCCUACGUGAAAGGAUAUCUUGUGCUGCUGCCUGUGAUGUGACGACCGGCAUUUAAGAGUUGACUUCUUCGACUCAUGUCUAUUGACUUGCAGGCGCCGAAGUGUGCGAGUCGUUCUUUGGCAACGUCAGAACGAGCGAAAUGUGAGUGUUUCUUGUGGGUGAAGUGACUAGCGGCAGAACGAGCGAAAUGUGAGUGUUUCUUGUGGGUGAAGUGACUAGCGGCAGAACGAGCGAAAUGUGAGUGAAAUGAUCAGCGUCAGAAUGAGGGAAAUAUAUAAGUCAAAGUAUAAGGAGCCUCUGGCUACGAGAGAAGGAGCAAAGUUCGUUAUAGUCUCAAGAUUUGGUGUAUGAGUUUUUCUCGGUGUGAUUGGCGUUACUUCUGUAAAAUAAAGAGAUAUUGUCCUGAGGUGUGAAUUGAGUGACUUUCUUGAGGUGAGAUGUGCGAGAGUGUCUUAAAGUAUGAAUGCUGGUCAACAGUAGAUCAGUGGAAUGACAGAAGUGUGAAAUAAAGAGACUGACGUCAGAAGGAACGAAUUUAGGCCGUCUUCAGUCAUAAAUGAUCUGCGUUAAGUGAAAACUGUUUUAGAUCGAUGUUCUAUUAACCUAAUUUUUCAGCCGGAGCUUACAGCAGCAAAUUACGAGAUCAUAUUGGGACUCUUAAAUUAAUUUAAUUGUAUAUUUUCGGAAUAGAAUACAUGUUGUCCUAUUAAUUGUUGUUGCAAUGCUGUGGGAACCAUUGCUUCCAUGUACUCUCUGGGAUCCCACAUCGUUAUCUUUUCAUUCAAUUGGAUUCGCUGCCUCUUUUAUUCCACGCCCGAAAUUUGGAAAUCUCAAUCUGUUUUCCGUAUUCGUCUCAAACAAGUUUUUGACUAUGAACGUAUCGGUAAAUACAUCAAGCAGAAGCAUAACUUAAUAAAAUAUUCCUGGUGAUACAGUUCGUGAUUAAGGAUUAUUAUGACUGCGUUAGCCUGAGCUAGUGUUGGAGCUGGUGUAUACGAGACUAUUAAAUGAGGAUAAGAAAGUGAAGGAUUCUUGUGAUAUACCUAUUCUCGGUAUCGUCAAAAAAUCUAACUGAUGUUAAGUAUAAACUUUGACUCAGUACAUGUUUCCAAGAUGUCUGUAAACAAUGUUUUUAUACAUAAUCCUAGUGGUAAUGUUUGGCGAUAGUGAUAACCUGUGGAGUUGGCAACUAAAGAUUAUCUGCUGGAGCUGGAUGAAUAAAGAUGUAUUAAGGUGAGAUGACGUAUUGCGAUGGUUUGGGCUGCACGACUUAAGAUAUGUUACGGUGACAUGACAUGAUGCGAUGGUAUUGAGUUUCAGCAUAGCUCAUGUGAUUUUCGACGCACCAUGAGGAAGUGAUUGCUGCGUAUUUGUGAUUCUUUUUCCUUUGCUAUGUUAAUUUAUUGGAUUAGGAUGGUGAUCUUGUCGUCUAUAUUCGUCGUCCUAUGUAAUGCUAGGAUAGCGACUAUAUUUAAGCUGAUCUUCAUUUGUAUUAUCAUUAUACCCUUCUUUAUUUACUAUUUUCUUCCACUUUAAGAGCUGCCUGCGUUUUGGUAGCUCAUCGUAUAUGUUGACAAAGCUAUUGCUGUAAUUGCUUCCUUUAACAAUGUCGCUACAAUACGAGCCGUUACUUACAACCAUGUGAUGGGACUCCUUACUGGGUUUCAGUGCUUAAUCUUUCACCCACUUCAUAAUGAUUGUGGUUAUUUCGGAUCACUGCAAAUUAUUCCUCUAAGCUUGCGCCAUAUUUACCGUUUCUCGUGAGAAUUUUGUUUAAUGUCGUCUGUUUUUCAAAUAGAAUUACAGGCGUAGCGCAUCGCAGUAUUCUGCCGUGUCUACUAGCAAUGACUUCAUUUCUCGAUUUCUGUUCUUUCAGACGUGGAACAGAAAUAAAUUUUAUUUAUUUUCGUUUAUAUCGAGGAAGACGCUCUGAAAAUGUUUCUUAUUUCCGUCGAAAAAUAAGGCGAACAGUCGGCUCGUUACCCUCUGCAAAAUUUUUCACUGUCAGAAACAAGAAAAUCAUACGGUAUUUUAGUGUCAAUAUGAAAUUGUUUAGUCUUUCUCUUAGUUUUUCUAAAGCGCAUCAUUGACUCGUGUAGUUCUUUAUUUUGAAGAUAUUCAGUUAUGCAGUCCGUGCAUCAUAUCUUUGUUCUUUUUAUAGGAAAUGCUGUUGAGCCACCAUUUUGACCUAGCUUAUCUCUAUCGUAUGUUGACUGCAUCGGCAAUGCUGGAGGCUGUGUCAAUUUAUUCACGAAUUUCUUAUCUUUUGCGUUCUCAACUAUCUUCAAACUAUGAGUGAUCAAAAACUCAAGUAGUAUCUUCUCAUCAAAUUCAUUGAAUUCGUUUAAAAAUUAUCGAUGUUUUAUCUGGAGAAAUUUUUAUUUGAAAAUAUUCUGGAAAGUUUGUAUAUAAUUGGGCUAGCAAUAAGUGACGAGGAAUAGUUUUAAUGUUCUGGUGUUGGAAAUAAAUUGACUCUAUUUCUUGAAUAUAAACAUUGGUCUUAGUUGUUCUAUUUUUCUUUUAUCAUUAGUUUUUUUGCUAAGAUAUGGAAGUUAUUGGGUUUAAUCUAGCAUUUCUACAGAAAAUUUUACUCGUAAUAUUACGUUUUUCAACUUGUUAAAUCGCAGCGUCAUUUCUCCUCUUGUCACUUAUUCAAAUCUCUUGAGACUCAUUACAAAUUCUUAUCUCGUUCUGUUAUUAUGAGUAUUUUUCUGAUUUAGUGUAGCUUUACGGGAAAUAACAGCAAUUCAUCUGUGUUCUGUUAGGUUGACCUGUUUUUGCCGAUGCAGAAGACAAUCAUAGUGCCAAAUCAGAGCUUUGUCGAUGCUACUAUUUUUCUCCGCAAGGCCUCCCGAAACUUGGCUCUGCUACCACGUGCAUGAUACACUCAUUAUAGGCCAAUAGCUUCUCUUCUUUACCUUGCGUAAUAAAGGUUGAAAAUGUUAACGUUUAGCUCAUCUUCUCGACUUGAGUAAGCCUCCGGGAUUGCUAGUCUACUUUUUUUAAAUCGCAGAGUUUAAGAAGUUUAUUUUGUGUGUCUUGAUCCAAAAUUUCUUCAGAAAGCUCUAAUAUUGAAUUUCAUUGCGCCGUUUAAAGCUUCCACUACACUGACUACAGUAAUGAAUCUCACUCUCACGCAUGCAGUUAUCUUCUGCGGUCCCCAUAGAUACUGCGUUCUUGAAUUGGAUCUGAAGUUCAUAAAAGCUUUAAUUCGUGUUCAGAAAAUUAAUUUCUUUUAUUAGGACAAACGACUGCAAAAGAGUGGGAUGAAAACUUGUCGCCUAAAUAUCUAUACGCAUUGCGAUGUUGUUUGAAUUACUCUGUGUUAUGUGGAAUGAAUGCGAAACACAUGCUUGCUCGCCGACAACGUAAGCAAAAUUCAGAACGGUAAUUGACCGAGUUCGGUUCAUGUAUGGAUAACUAUGGAUUGUUAUACAUCUUGGUACAAAAGUACCUGUUGUACUAGUUAAUAGGCGUACGAGUUAUUUGCAGCGCUCAUCUCUGACAAACUUCUCUUUAUUAUAGGAGAGCACGGUUAGCGCCGGUAUGAGGAGCAUAAGUUGAGAUGUUGGUUUGUGAUUAAAAAGCGUUCAAGGAUAAACGUCUACUGCGCCAUUCCCAACCUUCAUAUCUCAGUGAUCUGUACUGGGAUAAGUUUGGCAACAGAGCUGUUGACUGCAAGUUUGUAAGUGUCGUUAAAACCUUCGCUUGCUUAUAGAACUUCGAACUCGCCUCGAUGCCUCUUGAUGAUCGCCGUGGGCAGAACGUUGAUGACACUCAUAAAAUGUUAAUAAUUAAGUGUGAUGAGGCGCAUGUGCCGUAUAGAUGUUUAAAGCGUACUCUCUUGGGGCUGUGCAAUGUCAUUUUGUGAUAUAGAAAAGGCUAUUGAGGUACAAGAAUUUGAGUCAUGUACUGGAACUCGGUUGACUCUUGUUCUUCACAUACUCGUGCCCAAAAUCGCUGGCGUAGUUCCCGCAUCCUUGUAUGUGUAUUUCGUCAGAGUUAUUUUAUUCCAUUAUAAGAUAUCGAAGAGCCGCACGUUGCUUAUAUGCUCUUCUCUGGCACUACAGUUUGUUAUCAGCUUCAUUUGCGAAGCUAAGUAAGCCAAGCGUGACUCAAGCAGGAAGUCAGGAGUGCAGUGUUGCAUUCCCCAUUGAUAACUGUACAGGCAGCUCUAAUUAAAUGAUUUUAUACCGGAAA